AUGGGCGUUUCCAAGACAGACCAAAUCAUCAUCGUUGGUGGAGGUGCUUUUGGUCUUUCGACUGCACUGCAACUUGUUCAGAAGGGAUAUUCCAAUGUCGCUGUUUAUGAGAAAGAUGAUCAUAUUCCACCGCGCUUCUCGGCUGCCAAUGAUCUGAACAAGAUCGUCCGGGCAGAGUACGAGGAUCAAUUCUACACAGACCUGACAAUUAGAGCCAUCCAAGCUUGGAAAACUCCCCUCUUCGCGCCUUACUUUCACCAAGUCGGGUUUCUACACUGCGUAUCAGGCGCAGCUCCGCAACAAGCCACCGACACUCUUAACAGAUUCCGCGCUUCUGCCGAACGAGAUGCGCAAAUCAAGCCUCACGUCGUUCCCUUAGAUAACAUUGAGGAUGUCCGACAAGCUUGCUGGCAGCUCGAUGGCCCCCUGUCCGGCUGGAACGGAUACUUCAAUCGCUUCGACGGCUACGCGCAUUCGGGUGCCGCUCUCGCUGGAGUAUACCGCGCCGCCCAGGCAGCCGGUGUGCGAUUCUUUUUGGGAGAGAAAAAUGGCGCAGUGGAUGAGCUUGUCUACGUUUCCACCGCGACGGGCAAGAAAUGCGCCGGUAUCCGCACAAAGAAUGGUCGUUUCCACCCCGCCUCGCUGGUGAUUGUUGCUGCUGGCGCUGCUGUUGGUCGCUUGGUGCCUCAGCUUGGACAAACGGUCGUUGCAAAAUCGUGGUCUGUUGCGCAUGUGCGUCUCACCGAUGAAGAGACCUCUGCUCUUCGUGGAAUUCCCGUUACCUACGCGCGUGAUUUGGGAUUCUUUUUCGAACCGGACCCAAAGACCAACCUGCUGAAGAUGUGUCCCAUGGGCGGCGGUUAUAUCAACACGGAUCCUAAGACGGGUGUUUCGCAUUCUCCUAGUACCCUGAAGGAGAGUGCUUUCUUGCCCGAGGAGGAUGAGAAGCAAUUGAGACAGUUGUUGAGGCAGACUCUGCCGUCCCUUGCGGAUAGACCUUUCGUUGAGAAGUCUCUUUGCUGGUUCGCUGAUACCAACGAUUCGGAUUUCAUUGUCGAUUAUAUUCCCAAUAUGUCUGACUCUGUCAUCGUCAUGUCCGGUGACUCGGGUCAUGCUUUCAAAAUGUUCCCUAUUGCCGGAACGUUCCUCACGGAUAUGCUCGAGGCACCUGGCAGUCAACAACCUAUCGCCAGGUGGCGCUGGAAGCAGUGCCCCUCCAAUGAUGGUAAGGGUGACUGGGGUGGCGAUGUGAGCUGGCGUCUUGGAUCAUCGAAGGAGCUGUCGAGUAUUUCGCCAACAAAGGCAAAGCUAUAG